AUGCCACGUGCAACAGACGCCUUGACAGAGAGGCACCCGCAGUCCAACUCCAUCCACCCUGUCCCAGAGCUACAAGGCCUCUUUUGCAGCAUGCGAACCAAUGUGGGUAACUGUCAGCGUUUGCAGCCCUUGGUCCUGGACAUCAUGCAGGUGGACAGCUUCUUGGCCGGGCUUUGUUGGGCCAGCGGUUGCCGGCGGAAACGGAGGGAUGCGGUGGUGGUCUGUGCGGCCACCAUUGCGGCCGGGCCACCAAUGCCGGGUGCUGUGCCUGGCGAACAUCAUAAAGUCCAUCCUGUGGACUUUCAUCCAGAGCACGGCUUGAUCGAAGUCCAUGUGGUGCCGGCAACACCGGCAGCUUCUGAGAGUGACCACAAGGAGGAGGACAAAAAAGACUCCGCGUCACGCUUGUGGUGGGCUGCCUAUAAUGAAGAUAUACUCGAAGUGGAGAAGAUCCUCGAAGAUCUGUCGAAAGACACGAAAGACUCAGAAGGAAAACAAGUAAAAGGAGAAAUUUUGAAAAUGAAUUUGAAAUAUGUGGCGCAUGAGGACAGGCUCAUCGACAGGUUCCGUGAAACUUUCCCAACAGGAGUAACGGUUCUUGGGGCUGCAAUGCUGGGUGGGAAUGCGGAAAUUGUGAAGUUGCUGCUUGAGAAAAAGGCCCUGCUUGGCAUGGACUCUGCAGAGACAGAGAUGCCGGAAAGCAAGACUCAUUGCACAUGUGAAGAUUCUGAUGUGGAGAUUCUUUGCAAACUGCUGCGUCGGCAAGACAUCACAGCAAGAGAGACUUUGAAGGCACUGCUGCUCCAGAAUCCAGAAGAGCAAGCAGGGCUGGGCAAGCUGCAAAACCACAUCCACAGCCUACGUCUUGGGUGUGUUUUGGCCCCACAGGACGGAUUGAACGCGGUAAAGGGUGACAAAAAAAACUGGUGGAAAAAUGGAGCAAAGUACUCUGUUUAUUACAAAGACUUGGCCGACCGGAAUGUUUUUGACACUCGGGUGGUCCAAGUGAAGCACUACAUUCUGCCACUACGCCCUCAGCUUGCAUGUGACGCAAAAUUAAUUGACACUUUGGCCCAGAUUGAGAAUCUGGACGUGCUUGACUUGGACGUGGUCAAAGCCAUCAUCUCGGUUGCGUGGCUCCAAAACAUUGGAGCCAUAGUCUUUGACAAUUGCGUGAGCCUCUUGAAUGUAGCGUUGUUGCUGUUUUUCUCCUACAAUUGCCGCAAUGACAAUGCCAAUUCUGGCCGAGUCCUGCCAAUCUUUCUAGCUGUCCUGCAUGCCAAAGAAUGUAUUGAGUGCUCUAUUUUUUGGUUUUCGGCGUUUGGGGCUUAUUUUCGUGAGAAUGAUGGUCGGCUGUCGGAACAAGCUGAUAUUUACAAUUUUCUUGAUGCCAUCUAUGCUGUAAUUGGAUUUAUCGUAAUUGGAUGGAUCGUAGUUGGACCACUGCUGGUGGAAAAGUACGUUGAAGAAGGUUGGAACAAGGCCUUGCUGGCCAUUUUCUGUGGCAUGGCAUGGCUCAGAUUACUCACCAGUCUUCGAGGAUACAUGUGGCUUGGGGUCAGGUUCCUGCCCAUCAUUAAGGCAAUUUUGGAUUCAGCAUCCUUCUUCUUCAUCACUGGCAUGUGUUUGUUGGCCUCCUCACACGCCUACUACCACAUGGGCCCUCGAAACCCUGAUCCACUGCCGGUUUUCUUUGCGCUUGUCAUCCCGUUUCGACUUGGCAUUUUGGGUGAUUUUCACCUAUUCGAGUUUGAAGGAAAUGACAAUGACACAAAAUAUAUUGAAAAGACUGGCAAGAAUGGCACAUUUUGGGCACCAAUGGACCCCGAACCAGGCGAUGACCACUUCGCCAUCAUGUUGAUUUUCUUCAUGACAAGCAUCGGCAUUACACUUGUGCUCAUGAACAUGUUCAUCGCGGUGCUCACACAAAACUUAGAGGUAUUCCAGGGCAUGUCCCGGCAGAUGUUUAUCAAGUCCAGGGCUAAAAUGCUGAAGGAACUGAAUCAGCGUCCUUGGAACAAAUGUUUGUGCUGUUGCCCUAGCAGUCGCUUGCCAGAAAAACCUAUCGAAAUUUACCCGGAGAAUACUGGCAUCCUAUUUUGUAUCCUGUGUCCGCUGACAGUUGUCUUUGGCUUUCAAGGCCGCAUUUGGUUUUGGAGUCAAUGCAAAAAUACUUGGAGAACAGCAGCCGUGCUCUUGCUGUUUCCUGCGAUGCUGCUUGUCUCCAUCCUUUUGCUGAUUUGCCGGAUUGUUUUAGAACCAACUGGUCUUCAACAUGAGCUGCGAGUCCUGCUUUUGGGCAUUUACGGUUGGCAGCCGGAUGAAAAGAAUUCGCUGCAAGUCAAGGCCUACAGAGCUAAAGAUUGUGUCAUCCAUGUCUUUGUCCCGGUCGAGCCCAGUGAAGAGCCAGCCAGUCAACGCGAGGCCUUGAGGGAUUAUGCGACUCUGAAGCAGGAGAAAGAAGCUCUGACACAGGAGAAAAUAGUUCUGAAACAGGAGAUUGCAACCCUGAAGGAGAAGAAGGAAACACAGCGGAAAGAUCAUCAGAAAGAUGCACUUCAUAUGAAGGAACGCCAAAAGGAGUUAGAAGACGAAUUGAAAGAGAUAGAACAAGAAUUAGAAGACACGAAAAACGAAUUGGCAGCUGCACGAGAGCCUGAUGGAAAUGCUCGGAGGGAGGAGUAGCACAGAGCCUCGCCCGGAUCUCGGAUGUCAUAAACGUUGGUUGUCUCAACGUCCCAAUGUGGACCGUGAGAGAGCAUCCUGCAACUUUAAAAGCUGGAUUGUUGCAGGCGUUGGAUGGAAAACACAGCACAUUUACUGAACCAGCAAGACUUGUAUGUUUUGCCACCUGAUCAGCUUAGUUUUGCAGCAGAUGGGUCACUG